AUGAGCACUAGCACAUCGUCAACCUUGGCACGGUGGACCGAUGAGGAGCAUCAAAUUCUCGUCCAACUGACUAACGACCAGAUCGAGCUGGAGUCGCAUGAUCACACCCAGGAAAUCUCGUGGGCUGAGCACUGGAGGCAAGUUUCCGCCAAGCUUCACGAGUCGGGAUAUAGCCGGACCAACACCGCUUGUCAGAGCUACUGGAAGCGUGUCGUCGAAACCCAAAAGGCUAACGAGGAAGCUGCUGGGCCGAGAUGGGAUGAUUCUGAGCAUCAGAUUUUGCUGGGGAUGACUGAGGGUCAGCUCGCCCUUGAGAGAGAGGACCCCACUGCCGUGAUUCCAUGGCCCAAGCAUUGGAAAAGAGUGUCGAUUCGUCUUCAGGAGAACGGGUACAACAGGACGCCAAAUGCUUGCGCCGCCUACUGGUUGAAGGUUGGAUACGAUUUCUCAGUCGACAACUAUGAGCCGGUGCCCGAGAUGUCAAGGUUUCGGAAGACUGAUAAUGCCAAGAAUGAGGUUGAGGUUGAGGUUGAGAUUGAGGUCGAGGAUGAGGAUGAGGAUGAGGGUGUGAUGGGACUAGGGACCGAACCUGACGAGCAAGUUUCAAGGCCAAACCAGGUCAGCGUUGACGACUCGGUAUCGUCUUAUUCCAGAGAUGGGGAAGUGCUGCCAGAGGUACUUCCGGAACCUAGGACCAUUUUAUUAUCGAAUGCAACCUCAAUCUUCACCCCAUCCAUCACCCCAGCUCCGUCGGAAAAGGAUCCAUCAGAAGAUGAGUCUUAUCAACCACGGCAGCAUGCUCCUACAAAGAGUAAGAUGUCUCAAACUCCAACAAGACCCGAGGCGACAACACCAAAAGCUCGGUCUCCGAAACUGCCCAUGAGAAGAGGUUUUCGCUUUACGGCAGAGCAAAGAGCAGUGCUGGAGGCUCAGGUCGCAAAUCAUGGGCCCUAUCCAGAUAGCGAUCGAAGGGCUGAGCUAGCCUGUGAUCUCGGAGUGGAGGAAAAGACUAUCAGAAACUGGUUCAUCCACCGUCGAUCACAAAACGGUCAGAGCAUCUUCUCGGGCAUGAACACCCCAGGGUCGAAUAAUCAUAAGGACUCGCUUAUGAGCGAAAGCUCGACUCCUGCUUCUGUACCGCCUGACUCUGGUUUCAAGCGGAGGCCAUUUAAUGUGGACUACAACGAUACUAGUCUCUCGACAGGCGAAGACAUAGGUCUCCAUCAUAUGAAAAGACCUAGACUAGGAGACGAUCAUAACCACGGCUACAACGAAGGCCCACAGAUCAAUAAUCAUACUGUACACAGCAACAAAGUCACAGAAGACUUGGGAACUCAGAGGGGUUUCGGGAUGAGACAAUCUUCCGGCAGCUCUAUAUCAUUUGAUCCAUCUCAUAGCUCAUCAAUGGCUGGCUCAUUAAUCGGCCGAGAAUCAGCAGCGACAUCGACGUCGUCGUUCUCUCCUGUCAAUUUAGCUAUUGCACGGCAUCAUCCUACUGGCGACUUACCUAUUCAAACGCUCAGACAUGACCGACAAGAAGAGAACCGACCAGAGGUCAAGAAGUCUCCUUCUAUUCCAACCCCGGUCUCAGGCGCAGACUGGAACCCCAUUAACAGUGCCAAAGGAAGAGAACCAAAUCCCAUUAGCUUAGCGAGCGCCGCUUCAACACUAACACCAACUCCUCACGUAAUGCCAGCUCAAUACGAUCAUUUAAUCAACCAACAUCCGUAUGGGAAAACUGCAUCCGCAACACCACCACCACCACCAAACCCCAGCUCCAGCUCUGCAUCCACAUCCGUCUCCGAUGCCACCAACACUAACACCACCUCCGAAAAACAAUGGAUGACCAGCAAAGUCCUCAGCUUCCAAACCGAAAUCUCCCACCUUAACUUUGACAAAGCCUCCCUCCUACAGCGCAUCAACCAGCUCGACCAGCGGCUGGACGACACCACAAACGAGGAGAACGCGCUCGAGGAGGCCAAGGAGAGGGAGAUACUCGAGGCGGUGCGUCAGAUUGAGGAGCGGUAUAGGGAGAGGAGCGAGCUAGUUAGGGCGCAGCAGAGGGAGUUGGGCGCGGCGAGGGAGAGGGAGCUGGAGGGGUUGAGGAGGAAUGGUGCGGAUUUGAAGAGGAGGAGGACGGCGCUGGAGCAUUUCCAGGCGUUGGUGGGGUUGUAUGAUGAGGAGUAG